AGUUAAACGUAUUGCAAACGUGGCAUAUUGAAAAUGCACGGCUUCCCGAGUAAGCAUUUACUAGUUACUUAUGCACAAAUGGAAGUCAACUUUAAAACCAUUCUUUUUACGGUACUUUUGAGUCUUUCAACAUUCAGUCGUCAAUGUGUAUCGGCGAAUAGACAGAAGAGGAUCAUAAGAGGUACCGAAAUCAGUAUCCUUGACGUACCAUACAUGCUAUCUCUCGCAUUAAAUGUCCAUCACAUUUGCGGUGCUGCCAUAAUUAAUAACGAUUGGGGCGUAACGGCAGCACAUUGUACCACACACGAUUCCGACCUUAGUGUACGUAGUGGCAGCUCAACUUUAAAACACGGAGGAAUGGUACAUAAAGUAACCCAAGUAAUACAACAUGAACUAUACAAUCAAUCGAGUACGGAUUUUGAUAUCGCUGUAUUCCAAGUAGAACCUCGAUUUGAGUUAACAUACACCAAGCCUGUGAAACUACCGACUGAUCGUGAAUCAACCGUUGAUAAUUGGGGAUUAGCUACUGGAUGGGGUUACUUUUCGCCAUUCAGGUCGCAAUUGUCAGACGUUCUGGAGUAUGUUAUCCUUCCAAAAGUGCCUUGGGACGAAUGUCAAAAAGAUUAUUUAGGACGUGCUAAUGUUUCACCUCGCGCUGUCUGUUACAGUGAUAGAAAAGGUGAAAAAGAUACUUGUCAGGGAGAUUCCGGAGGGCCAUUGGUUAACGUCGAUAAUGUUAUCAUAGGGAUAACUUCUUGGGGUGACGGGUGUGCAAAAGCCAAAAGUCCUGGAGUUUAUACGAACGUUAUGCUUUUCGUUGACUGGAUCAAGAAUCAUACCGGAAUGUAAAAUGUAUUACAAUCGUAUCAAAAUGAAGUAGUGGAUCCAUCUUCCGAUAGUAUUUUAUUCUUAAACGGUCCUAGGAGUUGGGUCCAUAAUGAG